CGGGGACAUCGAGAGGCGGGGUCGAGCGUCACGCGCAGCCCCGCCCCUCCGCCGUCGUCUACCUCCUGGAGGCGGCAACCGCUGCUGCUCUGCCCUUCCCGGUUGGCAGGGGCCAGCUGCGCCUCGGUUCUUUGGUGACCAUGGGGGACCCGAGCAAGCAAGACAUCCUGACCAUCUUCAAGCGCCUCCGCUCGGUGCCCACCAACAAGGUGUGUUUUGACUGUGGUGCCAAGAACCCCAGCUGGGCCAGCAUAACCUACGGGGUGUUCCUCUGCAUCGACUGCUCGGGGUCGCACCGGUCCCUCGGCGUCCACCUGAGCUUUAUUCGAUCUACAGAGCUGGAUUCUAACUGGUCUUGGUUUCAGCUGCGAUGCAUGCAAGUUGGAGGAAAUGCCAGUGCAUCUUCCUUUUUCCAUCAACACGGGUGUGCCACCAACGACACCAAUGCCAAGUACAACAGUCGUGCUGCCCAGCUCUAUAGGGAGAGGAUCAAGUCCCUGGCCUCCCAGGCAACCAGGAAGCACGGCACGGACCUGUGGCUUGAUAGCUGUGUGGUCCCGCCUUCGUCCCCUCCACCAAAGGAAGAAGAUUUUUUUGCGUCUCAUGCUUCUCCUGAGGGGAGCGUCCCAGGCUGGGCUUCGGCUCCGCCAGAACCGUCAUCUUUAACAUUGAGGAAUGUGGACACCCCUCCAGCCAACAGUGAAGGAGGAGCAGAACAAGGACCAAGCGUGGAAGGUCUUAAUGUGCCCACUAAGGCUGCUCUAGAGGUUUCCUCCAUCAUAAAAAAGAAACCAAAUCAGGCCAGACGAGGACUUGGGGCCAAAAAAGGAAGUCUGGGAGCCCAGAAACUGGCGAAUACGAGCUUUAAUGAAAUUGAAAAACAAGCCCAAGCUGUAGAUAAGAUGAAGGAACAGGAAGACCUUCUGGCCAGGACGGCUUCUAAGGAGGAAUCGAUUGUUUCAUCGUUACGAUUAGCCUAUAAGGAUCUUGAAAUUCAGAUGAAGAAAGAGGAAAAGAUGAACAUGAGUGGCCAAAAAAAGGUGGAAUCAGAGAGACUUGGCAUGGGGUUUGGAAACUGCAGAAGUGGUAUCUCCCAUUCGGUGACUUCCGACAUGCAGACCAUUGAACAGGAAACGCCGGUCGUGGCAAAACCAAGAAAAAAGUACAGUGAUGACAAUGACGACUCAUAUUUUACUUCCACCUCAAGGUACUUCGACGAGCCGAUGGAAUUAAGGAGCAGUUCUUUUUCCAGUUGGGACGACAGUUCCGAUUCCUACUGGAAAAAAGAGACCAUCAAAGACACUGACCCGACCCUGAAAACCACAGGCUACACAGACAGACCCGCUGCCCGUCGCAAGCCAGACCACGAGCCCGUCGACGACACGGACGAGGCCCAGAAGAAGUUUGGCAACGUCAAAGCCAUCUCCUCAGAUAUGUACUUUGGAAGACAAGCCCAGGCAGAUUACGAAACCAGGGCUCGGCUGGAGAGGUUCUCGGCGAGUUCCUCCAUCAGUUCAGCUGAUCUGUUCGAGGAGCAGAGGAAGCAGACAGCAGGAAACUACAACCUCACGAGCGUGCUGCCCACGGCUCCCGACAUGGCCCAGUUUAAGCAGGGGGUGAGAUCCGUUGCUGGAAAGCUCUCCGUGUUUGCUAACGGUGUCAUGACUUCAAUUCAGGAUCGCUACGGUUCUUAAGCCCGACGGCCCGGAGCGCGGCGCCCGCAAGAUGGGAGAAAUUCCUCCCAGUGAACCAGUGCCCACAUCCCAGACCGCCGAGAGGACCAGCCAGUUUUGCAGAUCGUUUUGCUGCGUUUUCCCGUGGUAUACCUACAUUGCUGAUUUUUAAUAUUUCUUUUGAGAAAUUCUUAUUUUUUGACGUAGUAGAAGCUUCUUGGUACUUUGUUCUGUGUACUUCCUCCUGCCCACACCCUCCUUCUGGCCUGUCUGUGCCCAUCCCGCUUUCUUUCCUUGAACUCUUUGGUCCCAACAGCCAGGGGUCUGGAGACAGGGGCUCCUCCACUUCUCCAAGGACCAAGAGCCUUCGUGGGGUGGGGGGGUGUCUCUGCUGUGAGCCUCCCGGGCCAGCAGCUACCAGAGUCAGCUGAUGCCAGAAGGGCCUGAAAUUCACAACACCUCUUUGGUUAAAAAGGGAGCCGAGAAUAAAAGGCAAAGACCAAAAAUGGCUGGUGUCUAAUUUGAUAGGUUGUUUCCUUUAUAUUUCCACAUGUUAAGGUGAUUUCCGAAUAAUGUUUAAAGAUGUCUGUCCCUUUGUUUAUUUUAUAUGAUCUAUACAUUUAAAAAUAAUUCUCAAUGAGUGCUUUUAACAGCCCAAGCUUCUGCUUUGCCAAGCAAAUUAAUCUUUGGACAAGGUGUUGCUGUUUGAAUUUAUGAGAACCGUAAGAGGACUCCCUCAGUGCAUUUAUAAAUCAAUGUGGUGUACAGAAGUAAAAAUGAAUACGGUAAGAGACACCCACAGAGAAUAUUUCAGUACAUGGGACAACAGGAGUUGUAAUUGGGUAGUUUUCUUAAUAUUUUUAUCUUAAUCUUGGUUUUCAAAAAAAACUACAGAAUGUGUACAAAUGAAUAAAGAAAAAUAAUUUGGCUGUGUUUUAGACAGCAUUAGAAUAUAUUGUUCAGCACAGUAAAAUAUAUUUGAAAUUCGAUGAGCCAGAAAUGUGGUUUCAACUGAAUAUUUUGUGAAUUUUUCUUAAAAGCUCAAAUUUGUAGACUUCUAAAUAUAAUAAACAAUUGCAGCAGAU